AUGGCAGACAAAUCCGGGAAUACAGAGGAGGAUCAUUGGGACUCGAAUAUAUAUCAAAGUGCCGCUUCUUUCGUGCCGAAAUUGGCUACCAAAGUCCUUGGGUGGUUAGAUGUCAAACCUGAUGAUGUUAUUCUCGAUGUUGGGUGUGGCGAUGGGGUUCUGAAUCUCCAGAUAGCAGAAACACUUUCGAAGGGCAAUGGAAGAAUCCAUGGCAUUGACGCCUCACCUGCCAUGAUCAAGACGUCUCAAGGUGAUGCUGAGAAAGCUGGUGUUGAGAAGAUAUGCACGUUCGAACUACUCGAUGCUACGAAGAUCGGUACGAAGAGUGAACUCGCAAAUGGCACGUAUGACAAGGUCUUUUCAAAUGCAGCUAUGCAUUGGAUUCUGAGACCUGUUGAGACCAGAGACGAGUUCUUCACCGGCAUCAACUCAGCACUCAAACCCGGCGGAAUAUUCUGUUUCGAAAUGGGUGGUCAAGGAAACGUAGCCGAAAUGCGCUCCACAUUCCUCGCUGUGAUAUCCUCACGCAUCGGCAUCGAAGCCGCUCGCGCAGCAGACCCCUGGUUCUUCCCCGAUGAAAUCUGGAUGACAAAAGCGCUCGAAGCAGCAUCUUUUGAAGUGGUGAAGAUGGAAAAGGAAUAUAGACCUACGAAAGCCGAUGCCUCGGGGAUUGAAGGCUGGGUGAAGUUGAUGGGGAAACAGUUUUUUGAUGCUGUGGAGGAGAAGAAGGGGAAGGGGGAGAGAGAAGCGUGUGAGAAGGAGGCGGUGGGGAUUUUGAAGACGGUUUGUGAGAGUCAGGUUGAGGGUGGUGGGGAUUGGAUUGGUGCGUUGCAAGACUGA